AACAGCAGAAAAGCGAGUGAGGAGGGCGAGCGAGCCAGGAGGAGGGGCGCGGGGCGCCGCGGGGGCCUCCUGGGCGGACUUGGCCGCGCGGCGCGCGGUGGGAGCCCCCGACUCAAGCCCGCAGCCUCCAGCCACGAUUGUGAAGGGCCGCGCAGAGCCCCCGGGCGCGGGGCGCGGACGCGCGGAUGCGCGGAUCGUUGUUCGGCGGUCGCCCUCCCCAACUCUGCCCAAGCACCACUCCCAGGACAACUCCUCGGCGGGAAGGCGCUCUGGAGCCCCCUCGGCCUGGGCGGGCGGCACAAGGAAGAAGAGCCCAGCUCAGGUUCCCCAGCUCAGCCCGGGCUGCACCGGAGCGGCGCGGCGGCCCCGGGACCCGGACCGCGGCCGCAGGGCAAGAAGCAGGACCACUGGGCCUUCGGGAACUCAGCUUGUCCCUGCUGCCUCUCCACCCAGACAUCACACGACAGAAUUCCCUUCCCUGUUCCUGACCACCAGUCAUGGGCUUAGGCGGCCGGGCGUGCACGGGUGCACAUGGCUGCCCUGCUGGGGCGUGGCGAUGAGUGAGCAGGCCCAGUGGACAAGGACAGAGAGCCACACCCAGGAAGGCAAGAAGCGAUGCCCACCUAGCUCCCAUGACUGCCCUAGGAGCGAGGGUCCCCAGGCCCUGGCAGGCUGCUGACCCACAGCCUGCAAACCGCUAAGAGCAGAACUUCAGACUUUUCCUGUGGAUGGUUUCCCUCCCCCGUGGCUCCACUAUGAGGCUCCUCGUGGCCCCCCUCUUGCUAGCAUGGGUGGCUGGUGCCACUGCCGCUGUGCCCGUGGUCCCCUGGCGUGUUCCCUGCCCCCCUCAAUGUGCCUGCCAGAUCCGGCCCUGGUACACACCCCGCUCAUCCUACCGAGAGGCCACCACUGUGGACUGCAAUGACUUGUUCCUGACAGCUGUGCCCCCAGCGCUGCCUGUGGGCACACAAACUCUGCUACUGCAGAGCAAUGGCAUCGUUCGUGUGGACCGGAGUGAGCUUGGCUAUCUGGCCAACCUCACUGAACUAGACCUGUCCCAGAACAGCUUCUCAGACACCCGAGACUGUGAUUUCCAUGCCCUGCCCCAGCUGCUGAGCCUGCACCUGGAGGAAAACCAGCUGACCCGGCUGGAGGACCACAGCUUUGCAGGGCUGGCCAGCCUGCAGGAGCUCUAUCUCAACCACAACCAGCUGCACCGCAUCGCCCCCCGGGCCUUUGCUGGCCUUGGCAACCUGCUGCGGCUGCACCUCAACUCCAACCUGCUCAGGGCCGUGGACAGCCGCUGGUUUGAGAUGCUGCCCAACCUGGAGAUCCUCAUGAUCGGGGGCAACAAGGUGGACGCCAUCCUGGACAUGAACUUCCGGCCCCUGGCCAACCUGCGCAGCCUGGUGCUAGCAGGCAUGAACCUUCGGGACAUCUCUGACUACGCCCUGGAGGGGCUACAAAGCCUGGAGAGCCUCUCUUUCUAUGACAACCAGCUGGUCCGAGUGCCCAGGCGGGCACUGGAGCAGGUGCCUGGCCUCAAGUUCCUGGACCUGAACAAGAACCCACUCCAGCAGGUGGGGCCAGGAGACUUUGCCAAUAUGCUGCACCUCAAGGAGCUGGGGCUGAACAACAUGGAGGAGCUGGUCUCCAUCGACAAGUUUGCCCUGGUCAACCUCCCCGAGCUGACCAAGCUGGACAUCACCAACAACCCCCGGCUGUCCUUCAUCCAUCCCCGCGCCUUCCACCACCUGCCCCAGAUGGAGACCCUCAUGCUCAACAACAAUGCGCUCAGUGCCUUGCACCGACAGACGGUGGAGUCCCUGCCCAGCCUACAGGAGGUGGGUCUUCAUGGCAAUCCCAUCCGCUGUGACUGUGUCAUCCGCUGGGCCAAUGCCACUGGCACCCGUGUCCGCUUCAUCGAGCCUCAGUCCACCCUGUGCGCCGAGCCACCAGACCUCCAGCGCCGCCCAGUCCGAGAGGUGCCCUUCCGAGAGAUGACAGACCACUGCCUGCCCCUCAUCUCCCCCCGAAGCUUCCCCUCUGUCCUCCAUGUGGCCAGUGGAGAGAGCCUGGUGCUGCAUUGCCGGGCACUGGCUGAACCGGAACCUGAGAUCUACUGGGUCACUCCAGCCGGGGUUCGACUGACAGCUGCCCGUGCAGUCAGGCGAUACCAGGUGUACCCUGAAGGGACCCUGGAGCUGCGGAGGGUGACAGUGGAGGAUGCGGGGCUCUACACCUGUGUGGCCCAGAACCUGGUGGGGGCUGAUACUAAGACCGUUAGUGUGGUGGUUGGCCGGGCUCCCCUGCAGCUAGGCAGGAAUAAGGGGUGGGGGCUAGAGCUCCGGGUACGGGAGACCCACCCCUAUCACAUCCUGCUGUCUUGGGUCCCUCCACCCAACACCGUCUCCACAAACCUCACCUGGUCCAGCGUCUCCUCCCUCCGGGGACAAGGGGCCACUGCUCUGGCCCGCCUGCCUCGGGGCACCCACAGCUACAACAUCACCCGCCUGCUUCAGGCCACGGAGUACUGGGCCUGCCUGCAAGUGGCCUUUGCUGAUGCCCACACCCAACUGGCUUGUGUAUGGGCCAGGACUAAAGAGGCCACUCCUUGCCACAGAGCCUUAGGGGACCGACCUGGGCUCGUAGCUACCCUGGCUCUGGCCGCCCUCCUGCUGGCAGCCGGGCUGGCAGCCCACUUCGGCUCCGGCCAGCCCAGGCAGGGGGUGGGUGGGCGGCCUCUUCUUCCAGCCUGGGCUUUCUGGGGCUGGGGUCCCCCCUCAGUCCGAGUAGUGUCUGCACCCCUUGUCCUGCCCUGGAAUCUGGGACGGAAGCUGUCUGAGUCCUUAGAAGGGGAGACACUGUCACCACCAUUGUCUCAAAAUUCCUGGAGCUCAGCCUGUUCUCAGCAGUAGAGAAAAAAGUAGGACUACUUCUCAAAAAAGGGGGAGUAAUCUGGGCCGAUGCCCUGCCAAGAAAGUGACAUGGACCCACGUGCUUGAGGCCUGACAGCUGGACCAAGACAGACAGGGCUUUGUGGCCCCAGGGGCUGCUCCUGCACCCACCAAAACGUGGCCCUUACCUUGUGGGGACUCCUCCGCUGCCUUCUUGAGGAGUAUCUGCAAGGGACAGAAGGACUCUGUGUAGAGCCUUCCACCUCCCAGGGGUCAACAUGCCCCGAGGCUCCUGGGCUGCCACCCGGAUGUCCCCUGCCUGUGUCCCCAGGCCCUUGGCCCACAGGAUAUGCCCCCUCCUCUUCUGUUCCUCUGUACAGUCUCAGUUGCUUGCUCUUUCCCCUCCUGGGCAAGGGCUGAAGGGGGCCUGUCCUCCUAUCUUGGGGACUGCUCCCAGAGCGGACUCCAGCCUGCUCCAAAGGACUCUCGGGAAGAGGCUGCCCAGCUGGCACUCUGAGGUGGACUUUCCAUAGGCAAUUUUGUACCUUUGUGGAGAAAUGUGUCUCCCCUCCCCCCAACCCAAUUCACUCUUUUCUUCUGUUUUCUAAAAAAAAUAAAACUAAAUGAGAAAAACAUAAUAAGGGGGAAAGGAAACAAAAGGAAAAUUGUCCUUCGAGUACUGAGUAUCAAGUCAGCUCUCUGCUCUGGGAUCCCUUUAAAGCCUAGAGAGGGGACAGGGAGGGGCUGGAUGGAAGAGGAGAAAGAAGAGGGAAAUGGCGAGGAAGGCACAGGGUUUUGCUGCAGGUUUGAAUUCUGGCCUAUCCCAGACAAUCCCUGGAACUGUGAGCCUGGGGAAGGGGUACAAAGAGCAGGAGAGGCGGAAAAGACAGGGAGAAAGCACAGGAAGCAGGAGAAGGCUGGGGGAGAAAAGCCAGAGGGGAAGGGAGUGGAAAUUUCCAUCACCAAACAUUGUCACCCCUUCUCAUUCUCUGAUAAGCAAUUAGCAUGCCAGUGCAUAAGAAGCACUUCCCAGGCCUAUUUCUAAUUAAACAAACCCGAGAGGCAGAGUCAUGCAGAGAAUUGCAAAUCAUCAAGACAGCAAGAACUUGGGCUCACUGGGGCAGGAGGACUGUGGGGUGAUGGAGGAUUUGGGGAGGGGAAGGCUGUGGGACAAAGAAAUUACUGCAUUUAU